CCGCGACAGCUACGUGCGGGUGGCUGGAAGGCUCCAGGCGACACCGAAGCUAAACUGGAAAACUCAAAACAAGCGCUCCCCAGAGGCCAGAGGCGCGCGCCUCCGUUCGGACCAAUCCCCUGGAGCGGUCUUUGUCACUUAGCCCAAUAAGCGCCAGUCUUCGGGCCACCUCCUAUCAAUCCACCGGGUGAUUGGUUCGCCUUUCUGUCCGCGGCGUUGCCCCAGCAACCGGGCUAUGGACGCGUAGGGCCCUCCAGGCUGCUAAAUCCCAAACCCUGGGGCUCUUCUUUCACCUACCCUGCGGGUUUCCGGCACUAUGUCGGUUCGAACUCUGCCGCUGCUCUUUUUGAACUUGGGCGGGGAGAUGCUUUACGUCCUAGACCAGCGACUGAGGGCCCAGAACAUCCCCGGAGACAAGGCCCGCAAAGUUCUGAACGACAUCAUUUCAACCAUGUUCAACAAGAAGUUCAUGGAUGAGCUGUUCAAACCCCAGGAACUGUACUCCAAGAAGGCCCUGCGGACUGUGUAUGACCGCCUGGCUCAUGCCUCCAUCAUGCGACUGAACCAGGCCAGCAUGGAUAAGCUCUAUGACCUGAUGACCAUGGCUUUCAAAUAUCAAGUGCUGCUGUGCCCACGCCCCAAGGACGUGCUGCUGGUCACUUUCAACCACUUAGACUCCAUCAAGGGCUUCAUCCAAGACUCUCCAACCGUCAUACAUCAGGUGGACGAGACCUUCCGGCAGCUGACAGACAUAUAUGGGAAUCUCUCUGCUGGCGAGUUCCAGAUGAUCCGGCAGACGCUGCUUAUCUUCUUCCAAGACCUGCAUAUCCGUGUGUCCACAUUUCUAAAGGACAAAGUUCAGAACUCUAAUGGUCGCUUUGUGUUGCCAGUGUCGGGGCCUGUUCCCUGGGGAACUGAAGUUCCUGGAAUCAUUAGGGUGUUCAGCGUCAAAGGCGAAGAGGUGAAGAAGAUGGAGUUCCGGCACGGCGGGGACUACGUCGCUGCCCACAAGGAAGGGUCUUUUGAGCUUUAUGGAGACCGCGUCUUGAAAUUGGGAACUAACAUGUACAGUGCCAGUCGUCCUGUGGAAACCCACAUGUCUACAACAUCCAAGAACUCAGCCUCGAGGGCGCAGGAAAACAUUGCUCCAAACCCUCUUGCCAAAGAAGAGCUGAAUUUCUUGGCCAGGCUAAUGGGAAGAAUGGAGAUCAAGAAGCCGAGUGGCCCUGAACCAGGAUUCCGACUGAACCUGUUUACGACCGAUGAGGAAGAGGAACACGCAGCGCUGUCCAGGCCGGAGGAGUUGUCCUAUGAAGUCAUCAACAUUCAGGCUACGCAGGACCAGCAGCGGAAUGAGGAGUUGGCCCGGAUCAUGGGGGAGUUUGAGGUCACAGAGCAGCCGGAGCAGAGCACCAGCAAGGGAGACGACUUGCUGGCCAUGAUGGACAAGUUAUAGAGGCCGGUGGGCACGUCCCAGCCUUCCUCGAGAGACUGCCUUACGACCGACGACCCUGGGAUGGACGGCUGGGAUCCAGUGUGCUCCUGCUGGCACGCCAGUGGAGGCCUGCACCUUCUGGUCCACUCUUAAGUCUGAACAAACUGUGAAGAUCUCGCAGAGAGCAUCCAUUUCUGAAGCCACACACAUUUGUGUAUUUUCAGCAAAAUAUAUUCUUGCUCUUAA